AAUGCCAACGAAGCGGUCGUCACCUCGAAAAAAAGAUCUAGAACUACGGCAGGUAGGUUCAUGGGGUCCAACAACAAUGGGUAGUCUAGACGAAUCGAAAAGUUGGAACCCUUUUGAUGAAGUAAAUGAAGAAUCAAAUAAUGAAGUCUUAGCCUAUUCGAAUUAUUGGAAUACGCCUAAAUACGAAAAAAGUUAUUUCGAAGCUGGAUAUUGUAAUGUUAUAUUCGUUGAUCAAAUGGAGACGUUUCUUGCCGACGAUUUUAGGCCUUCAACGCCAAAUGACGCUUCAGAACAAGUUUGCCAAAUACGUGAAUUGGAGAGGCAGAGAAUACUGGGCGAAAGAAAAGUUAGGAAUAGUAUUGAACUAGUUGAAUUAGAGCUGAAGGGAAGAGACGUUUUCGAUUCGGAAAAUGAAGAAAGGAGAAAGUUUAGCGUAUUAGAACCUACAUAUGAGGAAUUAGUACAAUCGUCUUCCGUUUCAGGAAGGGAUCUUUUCUACAGGAAUAUCGUUGAAGAGAUAAAAAGAAACGACUGUUCUUGUGAAGAAUGCGCUUUAGUUCAUCAAGGUGUUGUAUUGGCAAGUUCAAGGACAAUCAUUUCUGACGGUGUAAUAAAUUUAACAAUCUCAACCGAAUUAUCCGCUGACCGAACGAUUAUUCUUGAAAACGUAAGACAGACAAAAUACGCUUUAAAAGUAUCUGAUCGUUGCGAAUAUCUUCAAAGUAAUAAAUUCCUUGGAGAAUUUGAUUAUGUACAAUGGUGUAGAACUUUUAAUCAAGAAGUUAGAUUAAGCUUGGUUCACGUUACCAGCGUCGAUACAACGUUAAAAAGAAAUAGAGAAAAAUUCAAUUCCAAAAUGAUAACUGAAGAUGAUAUACGAAUUGUUACUGCAUUAGAGAAAUUUCAUAGAGAUCAGAUUAAUAGCAACACGUCUAUACAAUUCUUAGAAUUAAACGCCUUUCUGAAAAGAUUCUAUGAAGAUCUUAAUCAUUUUCGUAAUUAUACUCUAGACAUUUUUCAACAAACGAGCCAAGUUGACGAUCUAGUUUCGGCGGUCGCCAGAGCCAAAGACUUCCUUUCGUAUUUUGAUUUAUCUAAUCUCGAUUGGAUAAUAGAAGAUAUAAAGACGAAACUCGAAAAUAGCUCGCCACCAAAAUCUUUGGCGGGAGUUGUUGAAUGUUUAAACGAGUUAACGGAAUCAAUAAAGAGCUAUACUCAAUUGUACUGUAGAUUAAUGGGUUACACGUUUGAUUUCGCAUCGGAAAUUGACAAACCUUUAAAUGAUCAAAUAUCGUUAGAAGACUUUAAGAUAUGCAUUAAAUCCAUAUAUUUAAAAUUUACAAAGAAGCCAGAUAUGAAUGAUGAUAGCUUACUAAAUUACGAAUCCUACGCUGUUCAUUGUGGCCUUUAUUACGGUGGUAAACGUAUAAGAUUAUCUAAUCAGGCUAAUCUACGUACCGAUUUUGUUGAGAAGAGGGAAGAUAACCUUAUUAAUUUUAAUGUAGAACUUAAUUUUGAAUAUCCAAUUGGAAGGUUACCGCUAGAAAGUCGUAUUUAUGUAGCUUUAAUAGGCAGUCGUACAAGUCAGGAAAGUUCAACAAAAAAGGUCGUUGCAGCUGGUAAUGUUCAAAUAUUCGAUCAUGAACGUAAAUUAUUACAAGGUUCACAUAUGUUUGGUCUUUGGCCUGCAAUUUCCGAUUCGUACGUCGAUGCGUUUGGUACCAAUCUAUCUAGUUUCGAUUCGAAAUAUCGCUCAGUUUUAAUCCACAUUAAUUUUGAAAGUUUCGACGAAAAUUUCUGCUUUCCAGACGUUCAGCCAAAUAUGAAUUUAUUUUGUCCAGUUCCCGUUGACGAAUUGAAUUGCAGGCGAUACGAAGAAAUAAUCGAUCUUAUAAAAAGCGUCCCAAAUGUUGGGCGUUACUUGACCGACUUUCCUUCGGCUUUACCAUUAGUCCUAUACUCUUGUAAUUGUUGGUCGGCGGAUAAAUUACCAGAGAUUUAUGCUAUGAUAAAACAAUGGCAACCAUUACCACCAAUUCAAGCUUUACAAUUAUUAUUACCUCAUUUUCCAGACAAGUUUAUAAGAACUUAUGCAGUAAAUCGUUUGUCAAGCGUAAGUAGCGAUGAAUUAAAGGAUAUUCUACCGCAAUUAGUUCAAGCUGUAAAAUUUGAAACACAUCACGAAAAUGAUCUUGUAAAGUUAUUAUUGGCAAAUGCGUCAAAGAAUAUAAGAUUCACCCACGACCUCUAUUGGCUUAUCAAAGAAGCUAGUGGAGAUGUUCGUUAUAGAUAUAGGUAUUCGUUAUUAUUUACUGCCCUACUAAAUUUGGCUGGUGAAAAUAUCAAAACGCUAUUCACAAAUCAAGAAAAUUUGGCGAGUUGUUUGUCAAUAUUAGCGGAAAAAGUCCGAGAGAAUAAAGAAGACAAAAAAGCUGUAGAUGCUAUACUUAAUAAGAAUUUAGACAAGUUAACAAAUAGAGCUGAAUUUAAAAAUUUACGCUUACCUUUAGAUAUUGGUAUGAAGGUCAAUGGUUUUAUUAAUAAGAGUUGUGGAAUAUUUCAUUCUCAUACAUUACCCGUUAAAUUGGCUAUGCAUAAUACUGAUUCAGUAACAGAUCCAAUUUUCUUUAUAUUUAAGGAUGGUGAUGAUCUUAGGCAAGAUGCUCUUGUACUACAAAUAUUGAAUGUUAUGGAUCAUUUAUGGAAAUCGGCUGGAUUGGAUUUGGCAGUUGUUACUUUUAAAUGUCGUCAAACUGAUUAUAAGAAAGGUUUAAUUGAAUUUGUAACUAAAUCCGAAACUUUGGGUAGAUUACAUAAAAUGGCUGGUGGAGCUAUAUCGGGAGUUUUCAAAAAAUCAUCCAUCUAUGAUUGGUUAGUUAAACAGAAUACCGAUGUUGAUUCGUUCUAUAAAUCUAUUGAAAAUUUCACAAAAUCAUGCGCUGCUUAUUGCGUAGCUAUGUAUAUUUUGGGGGUUGGAGAUCGUCAUAAUGAUAACAUAAUGAUCAAGAAAUCUGGUCACAUGUUCCACAUUGAUUUUGGCAAGUAUUUAGGUGAAACUGAGAAGAUGUUUAACGUUAAUAGGGAUAGGGCACCAUUUAUUAUGACUCAGGAAAUGAAAUAUGUAAUUAAUUACGGAGCUGAGAGCACUGAAAACUUUCAAACUUUUAUAGAUUAUUGUUCAGCUGCUUUUAAUAUACUAAGGGCCGAUCAAUCCUUCCUUUUAAGCCUAUUUGCUCUAAUGCAACAAUCCGGCAUUCCGAAUAUUAAUGAAAGUGCAAUCAAAUUCAUAUAUGAACAAUUGAAUUACUCUUUUACCGACGUUAAACGAAGGGAAGGUCGUAAAAGGAUUAGAAACGAUGUUGAUGGUACUGAAUACUUUACGAGAUUAAUAAUGAUGUCAUUGAAUGAAUGGUUUACGAGCGCUAAUUUCAUUGCUCAUAAUUUGGCUAAUUUGAGGGGAGGAUUAAAAACAACUGGUAUAUUAUCUUUCCAUCACGAAGUAUUCAGUAUGACUGAUAAUAGAAUUGUUGAUGUUUUCGUUCAAAGAGUGCAAACUCAAAUAAAAGCUGAAAAGAAAAGAUUUGUAUAUGUUCUUAGUGUUAAAAAAUGUAAAUCUCAAGCACCUUCUUAUAUAUAUCGAUCUUAUUCCGAGAUAAGAGAACUGCGUGACAAAGUUUGCUCCUUAUUUACACAGCUAGAGCGCAUUUUACCCCAAUUUCCGUCCAGGUUUUUAAGAAAUGAAACUCAGUCUUUCUACGAAGAAGAACGUUCAAGAGUCAUGCAAUUAUUUACUCUUCUCUUCGGUGCAGAAGAUCUUGUUAUGAAAGAAAUUGUUAAACACGACCUAAUUUAUACUUUCUGUCAACCUACUUUACAAGAUGGAAUUCUAGGAGCCCAUAGUGCCAUAAAGGAUAUAGUAACUGCGGAUUGUAUGAAGUUAACCUGCGACGAAGAUGAACACUUACACGGUCAAGGUUAUGUAAAAUUCUCUGUUUAUUUCGAAGCGGCUGAUAUUUUAACAAUUUUUGUCCAACAUGCUAAAGAAUUGCCACUUCGUGGAGCAACUCAGCUAAAUCCCUACAUAAAAGUUUACAUAAGGCCAGAUGAUAAGAAAGAUUCAAAGCGAAAGACAAGAACCGUUAUUAAUUCAAGAUAUCCUACUUUUAAUGAAGUGUUUCAAUAUAGAACGACUAAAGCCGAAUUAAAGAGGAAAACUCUAAGUAUAAGUGUCUGGAAUGAAGUAUCAAUCCAAAGAAACUAUUGCGUUGGAGAAUAUAGAUAUAGAUUAAACGGUGAAUUAAAAGAUCAAUAUAUUACCGACAAUGAAUGGAAAGCUUUAAGUGUAGCGUUUAAAUCAAAGUAA